GGUCACAACCCCGGAAAUGGGCGCGUGACGUAUAUUUGAAAUUUCAGCGCUGAAACAGUUUGUUGUGUAAAUCGUUGCGAGCUGCAUUGCGGCGUUUUGAACACUUUCGAAGCUUGCUGAGUCCACACAGUUGAGUAGGAAUGUCGUUUUCAAGAGCACCUUUGAAAAGGUUCAACGAAUCUGUCAGUUGCGCCCCUCCACCUGGCAUAUACGACAUCAAACCUGGGGAACCGAAGGGAGCUGCGUCCUUUGACAAGUCGGACCGCUUUAGACACCCCAAGGCGGUGAACCCAUUAUCACCCUGUAAAGAUGCGUUGAUGUCUCCUGUCAGAAGGACACAAUCAGUUGAUGGACUUGUUGAAGGAUCGAGUGCGAAGAAAGACAAAAAUGCCAUGACUUUGGAAAGGAAACAACACCGACUGUUGGAGAAAGAGAUCCGCUGCCUGGUCCAGCAGCGAGGGGAGCAGGAUCGGCGCUUGUUAUCCCUGGAGGAGGACUUUAAAAAGGUGGAAGCCAAGCUGUUGGCUGCAGUCAGGGAGAAGACGGGCCUCACUGCCAACAUCACCACCCUUGAGAGACAGAAAGUUGAGCUCAAGAAAGUCAACGAGUUCUUAAAAAACAAGGUUUCAGCUGACACAACAAAAAAGAGGAUCAACUCUCUUACAAUGGAGCUGAUGGAGGCCAGGAACAAUUUGGACAUCAAAAAUAAGGAGAUACAUUUUCUGCAGCUCAGCGGUGAAGGACACCUCAAGGUGUUAGAAACAGAUCUCAGAGCUAGUAAAGACACUCUCCAGGCUUUAAAAGACAGAAACAAAGACUUGGAGGACAUCCAUCAUGUGACAAAAACCCAAAAUGAGGAGUUGGAACAGGAGAAUGCCAGAUUACACGCUGAGAUAAGGGAGCUGAAAGAGGAGGUUCGUGUUCUACAGGGAUAUCUAGACACAGCCAAUGAUCAAAUCCAGGAUCUCCGCCUAAAGCUUCAGGAGACAAAUCAGCAAGAGAUUGUCUCUGAUUCACAGCUGCAGAACAUGAAGCACCUAGAACAGGAAUUAGAGCAGUGCAGCACAAAGCUUGAAAGCACUGAACUUGAACUGAGGGAAAAAGAAGAGGAGGCGCUGAAAUAUCAGCAAAAGCUGCAGGCUUCAAAGGAGGCUUUAUCGGAAGUGGAGAGGAAGUUGGCAAGCCAAGAGUUGUCUUCACAAAAGUUGGAUGCUGACCUUGUUCGCUUGCGGGAGGUGCUCAGGAAGACCGAAAAAGAGCUAGAUGAGAGAGUGGCACAUCUUGAACAGAGAUGUGUGUUUUCCGCAGAAGAAAGAAACAAAACUCUGGAGGAGGGUUUACGGAGAGUGAAAGAGUUAAAAACAGAGCUUAACUUGCUGAAGGACACAAAUCUAGAUGAUAAAAAGAAGCAGAUUAAACUCCAACAUGAUCAUGCUUCUCUCAACGAGGAACUGGCAAAAGAAAGGGCUCUGGUGGACAGUCUGUCUGUGCUGCUGGAUCAAGAGAGGCAGGAAUCAGAGGAGCGCCUGAGUAAGCUGAAGGAGGAGUUGGAGGAAGUGCUGGGAGAGCUGGUUCUCAUGGAAGAACAGGAGCAGCGACGAGCAGAGUCAAUGGAACAGAGUCAGGAAGCCCUGCAGAGGCUCCAGGAGGAAAAUACUGAGAUGGAGAGACAACUGAGUGACACGAGAGAACUCUUGAACCGUAGGAGCAGUGACAUGGCAUCUUUAGGAGAGGAGCAUUCAGUCGCCAUGACAAAACUCCAAGAGGCGCACACAAGCUCACUGAACAAAAUUGAAGGGCUGGCUACAGAGCUGGAAAGCACUAAAGAGGCUCUGAGGGUCACAGAAGAGAGACACAUACACCUGGAGAAGGAGAUGAACAAAGGGACUCAGCAAAUUAGGGAGGAGUUUGGCAAUGUGAUUCAGCAAAAAGAUGAGGAGAUCAAGAGUAAAAGGGAGGCGCUGGAGCAGUACCAGGGGAAACAGAUUGAUGAACAGAAAGCUAAAGAGGAUAAUUUACGAAUUUUGCUGGAGCUGCAAGCUCGCCUCUCUCAAAGAGAUGAGGAGAUGCAAGCCUUGGAGGUCAGCCAUGCUGCAAGAAUCGGUCAGUUAGAGCAGGAACUCAAGCAUCUGACAAAAGACAAGAAAGAGGUGCUGAGGCAAGUAGAAGAACAAAAAAGCCAGGAAGUUGCUGAGCUCCGUCAUGAGAGGGAAAUGUCCCAGAAACAGCUCGAGGAGGUCCACCAGGAAAAGGUAAAGAUAAUGGAACAACUACUGCAAGAUAAAGAAGAGAACGAUAAAUAUCUGGCAGCGCUUCAGGCAGAAUGUGCAGCAUGGGAAGCUGAAACUAAAGACCACCAACAGCUCAGGUUAAACGUGCUUGAAUUCCAGACUGAGCUCGAGAGAAUAGGUGAAGAAAGAAGUCGACUUGUUUCUCAAGUUGAACUUUCCAACCAAUCAGAGCUUGUACUUAAACUUCAAGUGGAGACUGUAGAGCAAGACAGGCAUCGCCUUCAGACUCAAUUGGAUGAACUUCAGCUUAAAAGUGUAACCCUUGAAGCUCAAUUAGCCCUCAUGGAGGAGAAAAUGGAGGCUCUGCAGCGUGAAGUGGUUGACCAUCACCAAGAGCGACACAAUCUGCAGCAGCAGGUGAAAAUGCUUACUCAGGAAAAGGUCACACUACAGUGGGAGAUGGAUGAGCAGGCAAAGGAGCUCACGAAACAAAUAACUGAAGCACAGGAAAACAACAUCGCAAUGUCCGAGGCAGAACGCUGGAGGACCCAGUAUGAGGAACUGUUUUCUACGGUUAAACCCUUCCAGGAGCAGUUAAAUUCAUUUGCAGCAGAGCGCAAUGCUCUCCUCAAUGAAAAUGGAGCAAACCAGGAGGAGCUAAACAGACUGGCAGAUGCCUACGCACGUCUGCUGGGGCACCAGAACCAGAAACAGAAGAUUAAACAUGUGAUGAAGCUCAAAGAGGACAACCUGAACCUAAAACAGGAGGUGUUGAAGCUUCGCUCCCAGGUUAGCCGUCAAAAGAGUGAUCUGGAUCAACUCAAGUCGAAGCUCCCCGGUGGUUGCGAGCGUAAGUUUGAUCCCAGCAAAGCGUUCCAACACAAUAAGGAGAACAGGCAUGCUGAGACGCCUCUAAAAGACGAAAAUCGCACAUUGGGGAGAUUCUACUAGCCGAGAACCGUAAUUACAGAAUAUUUUUCUUUGGAAAUUAAUGAUUCUUAAAAUAGAUUAACAGUUGUUGCCUUUUGCUUGAAAUGGUCAUUUAAAGUAGUUUAAAAUAAAUAUUUAAUAUGUUUGUUUGAAAACGAAUAACACAUUUUAAAGUCAUAGUUUUGGAGCCAAAAAUAGUCAUAAAUGCUAAGUACCUAGCAGGAGUAGAAAAUUAUGUGGUAUUUUUGGGUUGCAAAUAUUCAUCUGUAAAUAAAGUGGUCUUUUAAA